AUGAGAUCAAAUAGUAUCCUCCUGUCGAGCGCCAGCGCCGUUCUGCUUCUUGCUUCCUUCGCCAGCGCCAGCGCCAAGCACGCUGUGCACGAGCACGUUCAAGCGCUCCACCGUCGGCAUCAUGAUCGUCUUGCGCGAUCGACACCCGAGACCGCCGGAGUGGGUGUGGAGAUCAGAUCGCCUUCCCCAGAGACUGCUGCGCCGAUCGUUGAGAAGCGCGAUGGACAAUGCGCGUUCCCUUACGACGCCGGUCUGGUGCCGGUAACACCUGGCUCGAUGAAUGCCGGAUGGGCCAUGAGCCCGGACCAGCCCUGCAAGCCGGGCAACUACUGCCCGUAUGCUUGCCCGCCAGGUCAAGUCAUGGCACAGUGGGACCCCGAGGCGACUUCAUAUACAUAUCCUCAAUCGAUGAAUGGUGGUCUGUAUUGCGACAACAGUGGCCAGAUCUCGAAGCCGUUCCCCGACAAGCCAUAUUGCCAGAGCACGCAAUCCAACAUCGGCGUCCAGAAUGAGGCGGGUGGCGUGGUCUCUUUCUGCCAGACCGUUUUGCCUGGCAACGAAGCCAUGUUGAUUCCGACCGAAGUCUACGACACUGCCACCCUUGCCAAUCCGGGCACCGACUACUGGUGCAAGACCGCUGCCCACUACUACAUCAACGGCCCUGGCGUUGGUGCGGGCGAAGCCUGCGUUUGGGGCACCAAUCAGAAGGAUGUCGGUAAUUGGAGUCCCUAUGUUGCCGGUACCAACGUCGUCGAUAACGGUGAGACCUUUAUCAAGCUUGGCUGGAACCCAAUCUACCUCGAGCCUACCACUCCCUUCCGCAACCAGAUGCCUAACUGGGGCGUCCGGAUCGAGUGCCCCGACGGCAAAUGCAACGGCUUGCCGUGCGAGAUCAGCCCCAAGGACAACUGGGUGAACCAGAUGAAGGGCAGCAAGUCCAGUGGCGCUGGUGGUGGUAGCUUCUGUGUGGUCACUGUGCCCAAGGGUUCAACCGCCAACUUUGUCGUCUAUGGCGGUUCAGGCGGUAGCAACCCCGGACAGUUCUUCCCUGGCAAGCCUUCAGCUUCGACGUGGGAGGACGCCAUGAGCAGCACGACUAGUGCCUCUAACACUGCUUCUACAACUGAAUGGAGCUCCUCCUGGAGCUCGGCCUCUGGCAACUACUCCGUCUCUUCGACCUCGUAUGGACCUAACCCCUCCAAGAUGCCCAACAAGGACCUGUUUGCGACUGAUUCAUCAGACUCGGCGUCGGCCACGCCAACCACCGAGAGGCCAGCCGAAGCUACUGCCGCUGGCCCAUCGGCGGCUCCGACUCUAUCGAGCUCCGGCGCCACGCAGCAAUCAUUCUCGAUUGCCGGCUUCGCGGUCGCUCUGCUCGCUGCUGUAGCAAUGCUAUGA